CCUUGCGCAUUUCAGACAACCAUGCCGAGACAUGAGCCUAGCAAGGAAGUUCAGAGCGAGGGGCGGAGGGUGAGACAAGUUCGCUCCAUCAGGAGACGCGGCGUGUGCACCACACAAGUAGGCGGUAUGAACGUUACUGGGAUGGUGGCGGCUGAGGGACAAGAGGUGAGAGGAUAAACCAUGUAAACAACAACAACAGGUAAUAAUGUAGA